AUGCUUCUCCCCAAGGGUGGUCUGCAAUGGAAGGCCGCGAGGGCUCGCCUUCCCCCUCUGCGGGCAUUGUGGAACGUCGUAGCUAGAACGCGAUUCAUCCUGCUGGUUCUUGUUACCGGUAUUGUCUUGCUGCUAUGGCGUGGCAUCAGGAGCUCUGCUGGUGAAAUGCAAAGCUUCUACUGUUGGGGCCCAUCAAAGCCACCAAUGGAGAUGUCCCAGAACGAGUACGCCCGUUGGAACGCGCAUCUCCAGACCCCUCUGCUCUUCAACCACCACAAACCUCUCGAAGUCGAUUCGAAAACCAUCGAGCACGUCGACCUGAACAAGAUCAAGUCCACCCGCACGGCGCUCAUCAACGAGGAGAGGAUUCUCAUCGUUACCCCAUUGAAGGAUGCUGCUCCCUACUUGUCCAAGCAUUUUGAACUCCUCGCCGAGCUCACGUAUCCCCACCAUCUCAUUGACCUGGCCUUCCUGGUUUCCGAUUCAUCCGAUGAUACCCUCGCUGUUCUUGCCUCGGAGCUGGAUCGAAUCCAACAGCGACCCGACCAGAUUCCGUUCCACUCCGCGAUGAUUGUUGAGAAAGACUUCGGCUACGUCCUCAGCCAAAACGUCGAGUACAGACACUCGUUUGAGGCUCAGGGUCCACGACGCAAGAUUCUGGGCAAGGCUAGAAAUUAUCUUCUUUCUGCUGCGCUUAAGCCUGAGCACUCCUGGGUGUACUGGCGUGACGUUGAUAUCAUUGACAGCCCUGCUUCAAUCUUGGAGGACUUCAUUGCCCACGACAAGGAUAUCCUGGUUCCAAAUGUAUGGUUCCACCGCUACGAGAAUGGCGUUGACAUUGAAGGGCGAUUUGACUAUAACUCUUGGGUUGAGUCUGAUAAGGGUCUGAGAUUGGCCUCUUCUCUUGAUAAGGAUGUUGUGCUUGCCGAAGGUUACAAGCAAUAUCAGACCGGCCGAACCUACAUGUGCCUGAUGGGUGAUUGGAGGGAAAACAAAGAUGAGGAACUUGAGCUUGACGGUAUUGGCGGUGUCAACAUUGUCGUCAAGGCGGAUGUUCAUCGAUCAGGCAUCAACUUCCCCAGCUACGCCUUUGAAAAUCAGGCCGAGACUGAAGGAUUCGCCAAGAUGGCCAAGCGCGCCGGAUACCAGGUUGUUGGUCUCCCUAACUAUGUCGUUUGGCAUAUCGACACGGCAGAGAAGAAGGGCAACAUGGUUUAA